CGGUGUGUAUUAAAAGCACUGCUUCCGGUAAAAUGUCAUUUCCUCCAAAACAAGAGCCGAGAUAUCAUGCCAGGACAUACCCAAAACCGUUUUCUCCUCCUAUAUGGCUCGCAGACUGGCCAAGCUAAAGCCAUAUCAGAGGAGAUUUGUGAGAGAGCAGAAAAGGAGGGACUCCAUGCUGAGAUGCAUUGUCUUAGUCAGACUGAGAAAAAGUUUAACAUAGAGAAAGAAAGAUGUGUUGUGAUUGUCACAUCAACAACAGGUGAUGGAGAGCCCCCUGACACAGCUUGUAAGUUUGUGCGGAGACUGAAGAAGAAGACACUGACAGAGGACCACCUUGCUGGACUCCACUACACCUUGCUAGGCCUGGGAGACUCCAACUACACCAACUUCUGUAACUGUGGGAAGACCCUUGAUCGGCGUUUGGAGGACCUCGGUGCUGUCCGGUUCUACAACAGUGGCUGGGCAGAUGAUGCUGUUGGUUUGGAGGUUGUAGUGGAGCCAUGGAUUGAUGGUUUGUGGGCUGCUUUGAGAACAUUUUUGGAUUUACCAGAACCUGAUAAUUCAGAAAGAUCUGAAGUUGUUCCAUGUUGUGAAAACUCUGAUAACACCUCUAGCCUGUCAGGGAACACAAGGAAUAUCCAGUCGAGUCGUAGUCAGAAUGGGAAUACAUCUCUUGAAUCAACAGAAUCUCAAGUCUCUAGCGCUACUGAUCUGUCAAGGGAGACAACUGUGACUGAUUCUGUGAAAGCCUUGUCUUUAAAUGACAAUGAGAAUAAUCGUAUAAAAAGCUGCAAUACACCUUCACAUACCCCAGAGGUUUUGAUUAUUGAUCAAACUAAUUCACUCAACAACAGAGAUAAAGAGAAUUCUUUAGCUCUUCAGAAUGGGACUGAACCUUCAGCUCAGAGUGUCUCUAUAGAAAAGCAGACGGUCACAUCCACCCCUGACUUAAAGCAAGGUGACAGUUCUGUGCCAACCUGUGUUCCUAGUCUCUGUGUUUCUGUGCCUCCACUAUGUGAGAGUGGACUGUCUGUCCCAGCUCUGCCACCAUCAUUCCUUGCAAUCACCUACAUGCCGGAGAAUACAUUGGAUACAUCUUUGUUGCCGAUGCAAAAUGGCUGUAAGUUUCCAUCUGCUUCAAGUGAUGUCUCCAUGGUUACUGUUGAAGAUGCUCAAGUCCUCACUAGUGCGGAUGCUGUCAAGAAGACGUUACUGCUCUCUUUAAACACUGAGGACAGUGGGCUGACCUAUGAGCCUGGCGAUGCUGUGUCGAUUGUCUGCCCCAACGACCCUCAGGAAGUUGACAAGCUGCUGGACAGACUUGGUCACACAAGUAAUGCCGAUACCACUAUAGAGCUGAGUGUGGUUCCGGGUACAAAGAAGAAGAACGCUGCCGUUCCUCCUCACAUUCCCCCAGUGUGUACCCUCAGACACAUCUUCCUCACGUGUGUCGACAUCCGUGAUCAGCCCAAGAAGGCACUGUUGCGGAUAUUUGUGGAGUGUACAAGUGAUGAAAGUGAACACCGCCGCCUACAGGAACUUUGCAGCAAACAAGGAGCAGGAGAUUACUCUAGGUUCAUCCGAGAGUCACGACUCUCUCUGCUGGAUGUUCUUACAGCUUUCCCUUCUUGUCAGCCUCCAGUGGAGAGAGUGAUAGAGCAACUCCCUAGACUUCAGCCCAGGCCGUAUUCAGUGUGCAGUUCUCCUCAGACCCAUCCCAACAGACUCAGCAUCGCCUUCAACAUUGUGUGCAUCCCUGCCACAGAUGGAAGAUCAGCUCCCAGGAAGGGGGUGUGCACUGGUUGGCUGGAUACUGUCACCAUGACAACACAAAUCCAAGAUGGUUGUCAGGAGAAGGAGGGCAAUAACCUUAAGAUACCCAUAUUUACACGUACCAAUCAACAUUUCCGGUGCCCAGAAGACAUUUCUGUGCCCAUCAUUCUGAUUGGUCCAGGGACAGGUGUUGCGCCAUUCAUUGGCUUCCUCCAGCAUAGAGCAUGGCAGAGGAGCCAAUCAGAAGCAGACAAGUCAUAUGGCCAGACAUGCCUGUUCUAUGGGUGUCGACAUCAAGACAGAGAUUACCUCUUCAGGAAAGAGUUACAGGAAUUUCAAGAAUCAGGAGUCCUGAGUCAUUUGUUUGUCAGCUUCUCCAGGGACAUCCAGCCAGAAGGCUCUCCCAGAUAUGUCCAAGACCAGCUGCUCAAGCAAGGGGAGCUAACUCUAGAUCUGAUAGAGAAACAGGAUGCUGUUGUGUAUGUAUGCGGUGAUGCUCGCAACAUGGCCAAAGACGUAACAAAUACCUUUGUACAGAUCCUGAAGGAAUAUAGGGGUAUGAGUGCCGCUGAUGCCUCAGGAUACCUAAUGAAGAUGAGAUUACACAAGAAGUAUCUAGAAGAUGUGUGGACAUAGACAGGUAGACAGACACACAGAAGAUGCUUGGACAUAGACAGGUAGACAGACACACACAAGAUGCUUGGACAUAGACAGGUAGACAGACACACACAAGAUGCUUGGACAUAGACAGGUAGACAGACACACAGCUGAUGCUUGGACAUAGACAGGUAGACAGACACACACAAGAUGCUAUGGCACAAGUAGUAUAAAGAAAUUGUGAGGAAAUACAGAAGAAGACAGGGGCUAUAUAUACACAGACGGCCCAUGCAGGAUUAAACUCCUUGUAGAACCUUACACACAGUUGUGUGGGCAGUGUUUUAUGUCAUUACAGGGCUCUUUUACAUGCCAGUGUUUUAUGAUGCAAACUUGAAGUUUGGGCUGGAUCGCAAGAAACUUUGGUUGGGUUGGGUUAUGUUGGUUUGUUCACACUAAGGGCAUUUAGUUCCCUAAAUGUGACAUCCACCAAGUCUGAAGAUUGCAUGACUGGUAAGUGACUGGUGCAGAAUUGAACCAACCUGCUGUUGUGAAUAUUACAAGCUUGUGUUUCUCUUGUGUUGUGAGAGGUUAUUAAUUGUUGUUCAGCUGAAGUAGGGAGUCACUGUCGAGGAUCACAUUUUCUUCUUGCUUAUUUGUCGGGUUUAUUGAGGAGAAUAAGCUUUACACUUCCUUGAGAAUGAUUCUCACAUUUUUCGUUUACCCCCUGUGGCAUCUGUAAACAUCUUCCCAGAAACUACAUUAUAAUUAAUCUGACACCUUCACAUGCUCAUUCCCACAAAAAAAGACACUGUCAUUUACAUUUGAUCUGUAUUUUGUAACCUUUUCAUUUUUACCAUACUCCAAAAUUCUACAAAAGUGCGCUCAAGGCUUUGUAAACAUCACCUGCGAAAACAAUGGAACAAUGAAGCUGAAAUCUUUACAUUUGUUCCUUAGAUGACAGCUGAUGAUAGUAAGAUCAUGUGUUUGUUAAUGUUUCACGGUUUUCUACAUAUCUAUGUGAACUGAUGCACUAUGAUCUAUUUUGGGGUCUACAGAUCAACCCAUCAUUGCUUUUAGCUACUACCUAUUUGAUCCAGAAUAUUGGAACCUCUUUUUCCACCUUCUUUCAUCAGUGGACAUAAAAAUUAGAAACAAAGAACUAGCAGCUACUGUGGUUAAAGCCAACUUGAAGGAACCUGCCAUCUUCCUAAUAAGUUUGUUUGAUUAUGUGUGUGAUUCACCCUCAAAACUUCUAGAGCUUAAUGAUUGUGUUUGUUAUUCCUGACAUUUGGAAGUAUUUUAUUUGUUGUAUCAGAGUACACUGCAACUGUUAAUAUUUCUAUCUAUAAUUGACUUGUAUUUUAUUUCUACACAAUGACCAGCAAUUAUGCAGAGCCAUAUAUUUGGUUAAAUGUAUUUUUAGAAGGAUCUUAUAUUUGUGUGGCCUUUACUAUGCUCACAUUAUGCCUUCUACACCGUUUCUAUGUUGAUCUUUGGGAUAAAUCUUUUAGCAAUUUAAUUCACAGAUUGUAUAUUUUAUUGUAUAUUUCCACCCUGCUGCAAGGCUAGUGCAUGGAGCUGUGGCCACACUUCCCCAGCAGGGAGAUUGUGAAUAGUCUACCUGGAAAUUAAGUGCAUGGUGUGAUGUUGUAUGUUGCAAGUUUGUACAGGAGCUUUCAAAGAUCAGGAUCAUGGCUGUGAAAUGAAUUAUGAAAUUCAAUAAAUAUGAUUUGAAUGCUCUA